AUGGGUUCGGCAUCAGAUACUCUCGAACCAGUCAAGACUGGGGACAAAUACCAUGUCGCAACGCAAGAGCACGUCUCCAUCCCCCUCGACUCUGAAGUAGAGCCCUAUGGACCCGCAGGAUUCCGCGGUCUCUUUUCCUCCCCCUACGUAGCCCUCUGCGCAGCCUUCUCCGCCAUCGGCGGUCUCCUCUUUGGCUACGAUCAAGGCGUUAUCAGCGUCACACUCGUCAUGGAUCACUUUUUGGAUCGGUUCCCUGAAGUGGCAGACAAUGCUCCCGGCGCCGGUUUCAAGAAGGGUCUGAUGACGGCUAUGAUUACACUUGGUGCUUUUAUCGGCGCCAUGAACCAGGGCUGGAUCGCCGACUGGGCAUCUCGCAAGCGAUCUAUCAUGAUUGCCGUUGUUAUCUUUACGAUUGGAUCUGCGCUCCAGACUUCGGCCCUCAACUUUGACAUGCUUGUCGCCGGAAGAUUUAUUGGCGGUGUCGGUAUUGGCAUGCUCUCCAUGGUCGUCCCCCUCUACAUCGGCGAAAUCUCUCCCCCCGAAAUCCGCGGCUCCCUCCUCGUCUUCGAAUCCCUCUUUGUCGUCCUCGGCAUCGUCAUCGCCUUCUGGAUCACAUACUCGACAAAAGACAUGAGCAGCCACUGGUCCUGGCAACUCCCCUUCCUCAUCCAAAUAUUCCCUGGCAUAAUCCUCGGUGUUGGCGCCAUCUUUCUCCCCUUCUCCCCACGCUGGCUCGCUUCUAAAGGCCGUGAGGAAGAGGCCUUGGAGAACCUUGUCAAGCUAAGACGACUUCCGGAGAGUGACCGCCGUGUCAAAAGGGAGUGGAUUGAGAUUAUCGCCGAGGCUCGUUUUCAAACCGGUGUUCUUGCCGAGAGGCAUCCUCUUCUUACGUCCCCUGAGAACAAGACCGUGUCGAGCGCCAUCAAGCUGGAGAUCGUCAGUUGGACCGACUGUUUCAAGGCUGGCUGCUGGCGUCGCACCCUCGUAGGUGCCGGGCUCAUGUUCUUCCAGCAGUUUAUUGGAAUUAACGCCCUGAUUUACUAUUCACCCACGCUCUUUGGGACCAUGGGCUUGGAUCUCAACAUGCAGCUCAUCAUGUCUGGUGUGUUGAACAUUAUCCAACUCGUCGGUGUUUUCACUAGCUUGUGGACUUUGGACCGCUUCGGCCGAAAGACGAUCCUACUUAUCGGCAGUGUCCUGACUGUCAUCCCUCUGGUCAUCAUCGCCGUCACCGUUGGGCUCUUCUCUGAUAGUUGGCCUACUCACCGCGCCGAAGGAUGGACCAGCGUUGCCUUUUUGCUCUUUUACAUGCUCGUAUUUGGCGGCUCUUGGGCUCCUGUCCCCUGGGCUGUCCCUGCCGAGGUCUUUCCCUCCAGUCUUCGUGCCAAGGGUGUCGCUAUCUCUACCUGCUCAAACUGGAUCAACAACUUCAUCAUCGGCCUCAUCACCCCUCCCCUCGUUCAGGCCACAGGCUUUGGGGCCUACGUGUUCUUUGCUGUCUUCGGUCUUCUUUCCUUUGCCUUUGUGUGGUUCUGCGUGCCCGAGACACGAGGUAAGACUCUCGAAGAGAUGGACACUGUGUUCGGAGAUCGCAGCGGUGGUGAUGAUAUUGCCAAGAAGGAGCAUGUCCUACGGGAGGUAUAUAACGAGAAGAUGAGUGGUACCUCGACUCCUAAGGAAUAG